GAAGAAUUAAUAACAGCAUCGGCAAUUAAAGAAGCUCUGAGGACACUAAUGGCUUCAGAGGAAGGGGAAACGAUGAGGAAAAGGGCACAAGAAUUAGGAAGGGCCGUUCGUCAGGCUGCUGAGGAAGGAGGAAUUUCUCGAAAGGAGUUGGAAUCCUUCAUCAGCCAUAUCACUAGAUAGACCCAUUUUUCCUGGUACAUUUUUCCUGGUGCAUGGAGUGUUAUACUCCCCUCCAUUUUCGAUUCUGCUCUUAAUCUUUUUCUUGAUCUUCUCUCUAUUUCUUUGUGAAAAAACCAACAACAUCAUCAAGGACAAAUGAACCAAGUUUACCUGUCCUGAACAAUGUAAGAAACUUCUUCAAUACCAUUAAGCGCCUUCAGAUGCUGUCUGAGGUACCUUAAGGGUCUUUUGUAAUGCUUCAAAUUGCUCUUCCAUUAGGCACUCCAAGUCAUUCUCA